CGAAUGCAGAGUUCGCGCAUCGCACGCGCAUCCAGUCGCACCACGCAUUCCGUACAAGACGCCCGCGGACUGUCACUGUCAAAAGUCACGGUCAUUAAUACGUGUGUACCUACCAUCUUCCAACCUAACGGAUUUUGACAACCCUAUUAAUAGUCUGUGGUCAGUUAACGGAGAGAUGGUGUAAAAAUAUAGGGCAGUGAAAAGUUAUGAAACAUUGUUAUUGAAUUAUUUGGCUUUAUUUGGAAGUUAACAAAAUGUUAAUAAGGAUGCAAGUGAGAUUAAUCGUAUUGGUGGCUGUGGUGUCACUGAUGCCGAUGGUUAUCUCGAAGACCCGAAAGUUGUCGAAGAAUCAAAGUGCGCCAUUGUCGAAGGCUAGAUGCGAUUUGGUCUGUUUCGAAGCCAACAAAGAGAGUAAGCAACAGUGUCGAGCAGACUGCCGCUCCCAAGAGCAAAAACCAGGAACCUGCCCAGCCGAAGACAGCCCGUUGUGGGCAGAAGCAUGCGUAGAGGCCUGCAACGCUGAUUCCCAAUGCGACGGCACACAGCGGUGCUGCCACCACGGCUGUGGUUCCACCUGCAGUGAACCUACCGACCUGCACGUAUUACCAGGUCUUCCGGCUUUGCCAUUAGUUGACAAAGUGAAGGAGAAGAAACGUGCUACCGUCAUUGAAUGGUCGGAUGGAGUGGGAGAUGCGGCCAGAGCUGUUCCAGGGAGGAUUCUGUAUCUCUUGGAGGAGCAGAAUCACGUAGGCCCCAAAUACGAGGAAUCAAAACUAGGGGAAUGGAAAUUGCUACUAAGAACUAAUAAAAAUAAAACCUCUCUAAAGAACCUUCUGAAGCCAGGCCAUUGGUACCGGUUUCGAGUGGCCGCUGUGAGCGCCUCUGGUACGCGGGGUUUCUCAGCGCCUAGCGCACCAUUCACGCCACGGAAGGGACCUCGACCUCCACCUGCUCCAAAGAAGCUGAAAGUCAAGCCCGUAAAGUCAGAUAACGGUACAGUCACAGUUAGACUUGAGUGGAAAGAACCCAAUUCCGAUCUGCCGGUGAUUCGCUACAAGGUGUUCUGGAGCAGGCGAGUAAAGGGACUGAACGGACCCCUGGAUUCAGUGUUGGUGAAACAUCAGAGCGUCCCUAAGGAGCGAAACUUUAUAGACAUAGAAGACCUGCAACCGAACUCUAUGUACUUUUUGCAAGUUCAGACCAUUAGCCAAUUUGGACAGAACAAAUUGAGAAGUAAUAGGGCAUCUGUUUUCUACAACACAACUAGUGUACAUGAAAACCAGAGAAUCGAUAUUGCUCCAGAAUUCCUUCAAAGACGGGAAAAGAAAGUCAAAGGACUCAAACUCCACAAAAUCAUUUGGUAUAACCACAAACUAAAGGCUAAUAUCACUUGGCACGCAGUUCCCGCGAAAGCCGAUCAAAUAACAAGAUAUCACGUCCAUUGGAAAAUAAUUAAAUGCCAGAAUUCAAAUGUUUCUAAAAAAGAACUUUCAGCAAUAACAGAGCUUACGUCGUUUGAAAUCUAUGAACUGAACUACAGGUGCAGUUAUAAAGUAAAUGUGAAUACCGAAAGUAAAUCGACACAUCCGGAAUCUGAAUUAAUUAUUCAUGUACCAGGCUGUGAAUAUUUCAAGAAGAAACUCAAAUCUAACGCACUUCAUUGUGAAUCUUGAUUGUAAUUUA